AUACAGUAGAUUUGGCCUAUAUAUAGCUAUAUAUAUAUAUUAGUAGUGGCGAAAUGGCUGCUGUCAACAGAGGCCAUCAUCAUGCAGGUGUCUUGUACAUCAUAGAACGUCCUGCAGCUGAAGGGUUCCCUGAGGUUCUCAGGAUCCUCGACGACGGCGACGAUGAAGGUAAAGCUCUCCCGAUUUACAUCUCUGAUGAUGACGAGGAAGCGGAGAAUGUUUUUGUCUUUGCAGGCGAUGACCCCGCAGAAGCAGACGUUGACAUUCGUGAGGAAGCUUCCUUUGAUAAUGAUGAAGAGGCUAAUGAGGAUGAUGAAGAUGACGAAGAAACAGACGACAGCGACAACUGGUCUGUAUCCAGCGCUGAUUCUGGAUAUGACAGCCUGGAGGAGGAGGAAGAGGAGGAGGAGGAAGAAGAUGUUGGUGAUGGGCCAGGUGGUCAUCGGGGUGAUGAUGAUGAUGAAUAUGAGUUUGAAUUUUAUGAUUAUGUGAUGAACUAUAGGCCUCCUCGCUUGUGGGACCUACCACCACAACUUCAGCCACUAAACGGCCAACCUCCACAGGAGCCGGAUCAGCAUCAGCAACCUCACCAGCAUCAAGGAGGCAUCAGGGAGGAGGACAACUGUGGAGAGCCAACUCUCUCAGCCUCCUGCCCUCUCUCCUCCGCAAAGAGGAGCAGGGAGCAGGGCGACGAGGAGCCCGAUCCUGCUAAAAGGCUCAGGAGGAGUUACGAGGGAAGCCUCAGAGAAAAGGAGAACUUUAAAGAGACCACUACCUCAACUUCUGGCCUCAGUUCCUCCACAAAGAGGAGCAGGGAGGAAAGCGACGAGGAGCCGGAUCCUGCUAAAAGGCCCAGGAGGAGUUACGAGGGAAGCCUCAGAGAAGAAGAGACCUUUUUAAGAAACAACUGUCUCAACUUCUGCCCCCAGUUCCUCUACAAAGAGGAGUGGGGAGGGAUACCUGGAGGUCUUUGCAGGACUGACAAUCCAUCUGAAAACAGCUGGUGGCUGGAUUUUUCUUUGUAGCAGUGAGGGCUGGCCUUUGCGUCUGGCAGGGCUGGCAGCACCUUAAAUGGUGUCUUGCACCAGGGCCUAACUGUGUCCAGUGACCUGAUUUUAGUUUUGUAACUUUUCAGAGAUGUCUUUUGCAUCUGGCAGGACUUUUGUAACCUUAAAGGCUGGCUUGUUUGCAGCAAUGCCCUAGGUAGCGUCUUGCACCAGGGCCUGUUUUAGUUUGUAAUAUGUAGAGGUGUCCUGAAUAAGAACAUCCAGCAGGGUGGAGCUCUUUGCCUAAGUCCUGGAGUUGUAAGAAGAGCCUCAUAGAGAAGGACAGCUCUGUAAAGCUGACUCCCACCACUUCCUGCCCUAGCUCCUCCACAAAGAGGAGCAGUGAGGAGGGCGACGAGGAGAGGGAUCCUGUUAAGAGGCAGAGGAGGAGUUGUGGGGAAAGCCUCACAGAGGAGCAAUGCUCUGAAGAUCUCUGUCAACUUCUUGCCUCAACUUCUCCACAAAUACGAGUGGGGAGGUAUACCUGGAGGUCUUCACUUAGAGGCCAAGGUGGUAAAAUGACAGAGACUCAGAUCAGGAUUUCAGCCCUGUAUGCAGCAGGACUGACCAUCCAUCUGGAAACAGUCCCAUCUGGUGGCUGGAUUUUUCUCUGUAUCAGUGAGGGGCUGGCUUUCGCGUCUGGCAUCGUCCUGUAGCGUCUUGCACCAGGGCCUGACUGUAUACAGUGACUACGUUUUAGUUUUGUAACUUUUAAGGUGUCUUUUGCGUCUGGCAGGAUUUUUUUUAACAUUAACGCCUGGCUGGUUUGCUUGAUUUGAGGGCUACAGGGAGGUCUUGACUAAGAUGCCCAGGUGGCAAAAUGACAGAGACUCAGAUCAGGAUUUCACAUCUGGUUGCUGGAUUUUUCUUUGUAGCGCUAUGGGCUGGCCUUUGGCAGGGCUAGCAGUACCCUAGGUAGCGUCUUGCACCAGGACCUGACUGUAUCCAGACCUGAUUUUAGUUUAACCUUAGUCUUGAGGGCUGUUGUUUGAGUCAAGCAGAGAUGGUGAAACCCCAGAUAGUCUUGCUGUCGAACGCCCUAGAUUUAAUAUAAUAUAUAAAUAUAUACACAUUGUACACUAGAAUUAUAAAUAGCAUAUCUAAUAUUAGAAUUAUUAUACAUGAUAAUAAUGAUGUUACGGUCAAAUGGUACAUGUAGUCAUUUGUCCUAUUGAUUGGUUGCUGACAUCAACAGGGUUGGUCUUAUCUCAUAUUUUAGAUAGAUAUUUUUAAAGAUAAUUUUUUAGGCAUUUAUUUGACAGGACAGCUGAAGACAUGAAAGGGGGGAAUGACAUGCAGCAAAGGGCCACAGGUCGGAGUCAAACCCGGGCCCCAGAUAGAUAUUUUUAGACAGAUGUUUAUUGUCUGGUUGGGGGGAUUUGUUUUCACAGUCUGUUACAUGCACAUGGGCAAUAUACAGGGACAAAUACAUGGGUAUUGUGAGGGGACACAAAGUGCUCUGAGCUCACGGAUGACAUGUAAUUUCUGCUGGAUAUCGGUGUGUAUUGAUCAAAGCCGAGAUUAUUGUCUGAAGUGAGUACAAGGUAUUUCAAUUUAUUGACAUGUUCCAGCCGUCCAGGGUACAAGCAGCCGAAAUGGGUUUCCUCAGGAGAGUGGCUGGCGUCUCCCUUAGA